AGACCAAGACUGAAGAGCAUUUCAGAACCGUUUCACGCGUGUGCACAAAAUUAUCGAAAAAAGAGCAGCUUUUUUCGUCAAAACAUCACUAGUGAGCCAUCCAUUUUCGAAAGAUGGGAAAAUUGAAUCGUCCAAGUGGUGCUGCGUGGAGUGAUGGAACGACAUAAGAAGGACAAACGGCACAGGAAGAAAGCUCCACGGGUACCAAUCAAGACUUAUAAGUGGGAAGACAUCCGAAGAGAGCGUUUGAGAGGUGGUUACCCUUGGACCUAUUUAUAUAAAGAACCUUUUGACGAAAAUAUCGAUCCAAAACUUUUCAAAAUGGAAGCAAUGUCGAAAAGUAAAAGUUCGUCGCCUUUACCAAAACCGAGUGAAACUUUGGAUAUCAAAGAAAUUACGGAAGAAACAAAUAAUUUAAUACCGGAACCUUCGGGUUAUAUCGUUAUAACAGAAGUACCAAGUGAUUCAGAAAGCCAUUCCAAAAAUAUAACUGAAGGUUCCGUUACCAUAGAAGACGUCGGAGAACCUGAAACCACAAAUUUAGAAUCCGCUGAAAGUUCAGAUAAUAUUAGUCAGUAUUUAGAUAAGGAAGAAGUCGUUGAUCCCGUGCCAACUUCAACAAAAAUCGAAGAAAACGGACGACAAGAGAGAGCCAAAUCUGAAGAACCCAAACGAAAAAGAAAACUAUCAAUAGACAGUAGCUACAGUCGAAAGAGUUUGUCCAAAUUAGCAAUUAUGAAAAAAUUAAAAGAAGCCAAAGACAAAAUUAAAGUUCCUAAACUAAGUUUGCCAAAAUCCCUAAAACAACCUCCUGAAAAAAGUACAAAUAAACCUGAAACCAAACCUAAAGACGUGUCUAAACUUUUAAAACCUGACCCAAAUCUGAAACCUGUUUAUAUCCACAUUCCCUUGAAACCACCCGAGGGAGAAACGGAUGAAUUCUCCUACUUGGAAUUCGGUGAGAAGAAACCUGAACCGCCAAAAAUAGAAGAAAAACCACAGGAAGAAAUACCAAAAAUCGAAAUUGAGGCUAGUUUUAAUGAAGAAAGGAGAUUCAGUGGAGAUCCUGACGAUAUCGUGGCCUUCGAAAUUCUCAAAACUGAAACUAUAGACUUGGAUCAUGCGAACAAAAAUGGACUUUCAGGAGGAAGCGAUUAUUUAAUUAUCCAACAAGACGAUGACGCUAAGAGUGAAAAUAUGAUAAUAAUAAUGCCUGGAGAAGAAUCUAGUACAAGUCAAGGACAAUCACCUUCGAGGCAAGGUAGCAGAAAAAUUCGGGCCAAAUCAGCAGAACCUGAACGGAAAAGACGCUUAUCUGUUGACAGUAGUAGCAGCUUAUCAAAAUUGAGUAUAAUGCAAAAACUGAAAGAAUUCAAACUUCCCAAACUGUCACUAUCGCGGUCUGGUUCGAAGAAAGGACAAGAGAAAAAAACUGAACCUAAAGAAAUUAAAGACACUAAACCGGAAGUCAAAAAAGUAGAACCAUCAAGUGGUGCACCUAAAUACAUUCAUAUACCGUUAAAACCUCCCCCUGGACAUACCGAUGAGUUUUCUCACCUAGAAUUUGAGGAGAAGAAAGAAAUUCAACUUGAAGACCCCCCAAAAGUUGAAGACCCCUCAAAAGUUGAAGAAAGUUCAGUUGAAAGUCCUACAAGUCCGAAAACUGAAGGUGUCCAGUUUAUAUUCCUGACGCCACCUUCGGAUGACGAAGUUUUAAAAGAGCCUGAAAUCCCCGAGACUCCCUCUUCUGAAACAAGCGAUGAGUCGAGACUCACCGAGCUGAAAAAACUCGCCAAAGACGCAGUGGAGAAAGUUUCACCAGAGUCUCAAAAGAAAGUCUUGCAACCGGUUGAGGAAGAAGCCGAUUCUAAAUCACUCGAAGAAGAAAAGUCCGAAAAAAUGGUGGUGGAUGAAGAGGACGGUUUGAAACUGACCGAAUCAGCAAUGGCGUUGCAGGAGCAGAACAUCAAAGCUAAAGAAGUUGCCGAAGUUUCCGAACUGAAGUCUAGUUUAAAAACCCCUGAGUCUCCGGUUUUGAAAAAGAAAGUUUCGUUUAAAAGACGAUCGAGAGAUGAUUCAAAAGAUACAGAUUACGAGGAAGUUCAAGCGCCUGAAAAGGACGAGGCUGGAGAAAAGAAAAAGUUGGAUGUAUUGGAGAAUAAUCAGUCAAUGUCGGUUGAUGAAGAGAAGAGUUAUCUCGAUGAGGAAAAAAUUAUUAAAAGUACUUCGCUCGAGGAGGAUUAUAACAGAUGGUCAAAAUUAAGUGAUCACGAGUACGAACCUGUGAAUCCACCACCCGACAUCCCAUCGGUAGCACCUCCCACCGUUCACGUAAUCGAUUCGGAGCAGAACCUUCAACCAAAACCAAUAAGUCUGGCCAGUAGCACAACAUCUCUAGACCGCCGAAUGUUAGGUUCCGAACCACCCGAACCCACAAUACCCGAUUACACAGUCCAAGAAAUCCAAACCGAAAUUGAAACCAAAUACUUUAGCAAAACACCAGUGAAACAGGAAACAACAGUACACACAGUCACAGUCACCCAAAAACCAACAAAACCGAAAUCGGAAGGUCCGAGCAAACUCCAACAAGCCUUCAAAACACAGACAGACAAAUUCAAAACAAAAUUACACGAGAUCAAGCUGCCUCCAAAACCACACUUGAAAAAACCCAAUUUCAAAUUCGAAAAACCUAAAUUUAACUUACCAAAAAUUCCGGAUUCGGCGAAAGUCAAUCUACCUUCGUUCAGUUUGCCACGCAGAAAACGGUCUCUGAAACAACGACAAUACUCGACGGAAUCAAAUGCGGGUGAUUCCAAGACAAAUUAUUUCGAUUUUCGGACAUAUCCUAGACUUUUCAAGAAAAAACCUAAAGACGAUUUCGAUUCGUUUGCGAAAAAUGAACGGGAAGUAAGUGAAUUUGCGACGGUUCCCCGGACGAAACGAAAGCAAGAAAGUGAUGAUAGAUGGGGUGGCAGAGACUCCAUCCGAAUUCCUCUCCAUUCGGAAGAUUCGAUGGAAGAAAGCGAAGACAUGGCGUCUCAUAUCAGAUACGACCAAGAUAUCGAUAUUGACGAUGCCUACGAGAAGGAAAACCAAGAAAUACACUGCGCUUCACCCUUCAGUCACAAUUAUAACAGCCGAUGGGACCAUGGGAGCUUCCAUCCGGAACCCAACCAACAAGUCACUGAUCUAGACUCACCCAUUGACAAACCACAACCCCAUGAGAGCUUUGACACAAACACGAGUAAAGACAUCCAUUCCUCGGAGAGUUCUCUAGGAAUACAUCGCCGCGGAGUCCUGGAAGAAAUCGAUUCGGACGAGUUUUUCCUCCGACAAAAGGGUAUUUCCCAAGAUAAUAUCGAAGUCGGGAUGUAUCUAAGUUCCGAAAUCCGGGAAGCUUUCAAAUCCCCUAAUAACGCGUUAAAUGACUUACAAAACGAACCUUACUCGUAUGAAACUCGUGCUUCCAAUACAUCACUCCCGGAAACACCUUCAAAACGAAAAGUCGUGAAAAAACCCAAAAGAAAGAAAACUCCUCAUGUGUCACAAGAACAAUUAUCCUUCGAUCAAGAUUCGGAACUUGAGCUUGAAAUUCCGCCCUCAAGACCAAAAAGAAGAAGCAGGAGGAGUAAGAAAAAAGAAGAAGUUAUUCCGUAUCAAGAGACCAUAGCUGUUGAAGUUCCGGAAGUUGGUAUUCCAGAUGAAGACGAAGAUAGAGUCAUGUACGAGAAUGAGCAAAUGGAAGGGAAGGAACAACCGGAAAUUAAGAUCAAUGACCCCUACACCGGAUAUGACAGUGAAGAUGAGGAGUUUAAAGACGAGGAGAAACCAAUGGCUCCGCCACGAAAACACCGGAGUUUGAAAAGUCUGAAUUACUCGGAACACGAGUCGAUUCUUGGGGAUUUUAACCCGGACCAGGAUACUGAAGUCUACAAGACCGAACACGAGUACAUAAUCCCAACCCCGGAGGAACCCCCAAUCCGGCCAUCACGAACCCUCUCUCGCUCCAGCUCCAAAUCAAUUCAAGACGAACCCCCAGCAAGACCAGCGAGAUCCCGCUCCCGGACACGUUCCCGGGCCGAAUCCCUUACUGAAGAACAACCUUGCGUUGAAGAAACGUGUGUCCAGGAUUUCCGGGACUACAUGGGAUAUGCCAUCGUUGACAAGAAUAACAAACGGGAACCACCUCUACCACCACCGAAGACACCACCACGCCGGAAACGGUCGAUCCAAUCCGAACAAAAGUUUUUCACGGUACCAAGACCCGUCUCGGAGGAACCACCGGUACGUCCCUUGAGAAAUUACAGUACAUUGGGGCCGAGUAGACCCCCGAGACGGAAACAUCCAGUCCCAAAUAUGACUGAUGAAGAAAAGGAAAAUAUUGACAUAACGCAAUACAUUGAAAUUGAUGAUGAACCCAAUAGGGAUUUACACUCGGGAAAGGUGAUUCAGAAGAUGAAAGACCGGCCUUUGCCGGCGCCCCCAAGGCCCCCCAGAAAUAAACUAAGUAAGCCUUUGCAAGAUAUCACAAGUCAAGAGAAUGUUGCAGAAGAGGAGAGUGGGGAAAAAGGGGAAGUUGUCGACGAAACAGAAGUUUCGACCCAAACUGAAGAAGUUUGUGAACCGGAAACGAUGCCAAAGCCGGAAACUGUUAUCACUAAGAAGCAGCUGAUAACUCCAACGAACUAUACUUAUGAAGAAGAAACCAUCACUCAUGGUACAUUGGUUGUGGAACCUUUGAAUGGGGCUAAAAUUCUACCUGACCAUGAAUUUACUCGGAUCGAAAAACCAAAAGAAAGGACAAUUCCGGUUGAAGAAGAAGAUGAAGAAACUUCAGAAAUACCGGAAGAAUUUACUAAAUUGAAGGAUCCUCCGCCUGUGACAGUUGAAAAUCAACCGACAAUCGUCGAAAAAAUAAUAGAACGACCUGUCAUGAUUCAACCUGAUUCAAACACUGAAGUUGAAGUUUUAAAAGCUCAAAAACUACAAGUCAGCGAUUUGGACGUCGAUAGACUAAAUGUGAACGAGCUUUUAGCAAGCAGAAUUGUAGUUUCAGAAAUCGACAGUGGAAGCAUCCAAACAAAUGAACUCAGUUCGAAAUCCGGAGCCCUUAAAGUGGGCGAAAUCGAGUUACCCCCAAGCCUCGUCCAACAACUCCUUGAAAAACUUCAGUCAGUGGUACCACAACCAGAAACCGAAAAUUUGGAAUCGGCUAGUGGAACCACUCACCCGGAGCCCCCAUCGGAAGCUUCCUCCGGGCAAAAAAAAACUCCGAUUGAACAAGUAACUGACGUUCCCCCCCAGCGACCCCCCCGAAAAUCAUCACUAGUUCUAGAUGACCCCCCUAACAUUUCAGUCGCUGAUUCCCCGACUGACCCACUUACCGUUUCAGAGCGCCCCCCGGAGCCCCCAGUGAGAAGCGCCUCGAUCGAGGACACGCCACCCCCGCGACCUCCCGACCCCAUCUACGUCCCUUCGCAGCCCCCCGCGAGUUUCUAUGCUCUGCGAGCGCAGCAAUUCGUGGACGAGGACAUUCCCAUGGCGCCUCGACGACGGCGUCAUCGCAAAACCCCCGUUUCUAGGUCGAGUUCGGACGAGACGCCGCCCCCAGCGAGGCGGCGGGUUAGGUCGCCUGAGCCCUCCAUAUCCCAGCUGACGGGACAGUUGGUCAGGGCGUGCGGAGCGGCCGCCAACUGCUCGAUUAAAAGACUGAUUGCGCAUAUUAGGGAUGAUUUGAUAAGAAAUGCGGACGGGCAGCAAGAUUUGCAUGUAAUGAUGGUGAUUUUGUUGGUUUUAAUUGCGGGAUUGAUUUUAUUAGCGGGUGAUGGGAAAACGGUGCAUCAUCAUCACUGGGAGUUUUUCAAUCCGCCGAGGGACAUGUAAGGGGUUUUUAAGUCGAUUUGUUAUGUAAAUAAAUUUUUAGUCAAACUAUUACUUAAUUUUUUAUUGUUAAUACUAUUAUAAAUAAGAGGGUUUUUUCUUAAUAAAUCACCUUACGUAAAAUUAGUCAAACAUAUCAUCAUACGACACUAGAUUUCUCUUAUCCCUGUGAUUACCUUUUUGAGAAUGACUCGAAGCUAUAAAAAUGUUAAAUCAAGUUUAA